AUGGGACCCAGUGGAAAUCAAUGGCUCAGCACACGGAAGCUCGCGGAAGCUUUGAAGGACGUUGUACAGUUUGCGGCGGAAUGUCGUAACUGUCAUGCUGUCUUAAACAUUGGCUGUCUCAUGAUCGGUGCUAGCUUUGCAUAUGCGUGCUUGCACAGUGCCAUCAGCGUAUUGUCAGAAGCUGUAUGCGUUGGUUCCAACAGACCGAACAAGAGCCCCCUCGCAGAGCAUGCCCGGAAGCCGCAGAAGCAACACAUGUGCGCGGAAGCAAAGGCCUGUGCGGCGGAAAGCCUGCGGAAGCCGCGCGGCGGAAAGCCUGCAAAAAUAUGA